GUCGUCGAAAUUCGAUUGCUAGGUACGUUUGUUUUCAUUAGAGUACGGCGCAAGACUUAAAAUAUCACGUAGUGUAGGCCGCCACAGUGUAACACUGCUGUCUAAACGAACUUACCCAGAAAGGUUUCGUUAGCGGCCUGGCUAACUACGGUACCUGGCUGGAUAUUUUAGCUCUACAAAUGUUACGUCCCACUAGAUAAACGGAUGAAAAGAAAUAAAGCGAAUUAAAAUACAUGUUUGGCUUACAGCAAGUUCUUGUUUCCUUUUGACCAGUUCAGACAGCUCCCGACGUGUGUCUGGGAUCUGCGGCGGGGUUGCUUUCGCAUGCAUCGCCAUGAUGAAUGUCUUGACUAAACACAACAGUGGCGCGGCCUAAAUGAGACCCGAAACAUUGUUUCACCACAGACUGGCGCUAAAGGACAGCGUACCACUACUCUGAUUUACAAUCCGAAUCCUUAGUUCUAGCGUAAUAAUUUACAUUUCCUUCCAGCUCUUUGCAUUUACCGAACUCAUUGUCAUGGCAACAUAUCAUAAGAGGAUUUUUAGUAGCCUACAUUCAUGUGUUGACUAUCUUUCUUCAUACACUUUUUCAGUGGUAAGAAAAACGUAAUUUCAACAAUCUCCGUACUUUUCACCGUUAACAUUUAUGUUUUGCAGUGUAUUUUAUGUUCGUUGGUUUUGUCUCUUCACCACAUAAACAAGCAUUGCAAUUGUUUCCCUACAAUCUGGUUGAAGCAAUGGGGAAAAUGCAUAGGCCUAAAGGCUUGAAAGAAAGUUACACAUCCUCAAUACCCACAAAAUAUCAAACAGUAUUCAUAAGCAACGAGGAGAAAAAAGGAUUCUCUUCACAAACCAAGAGGUUUAUUCUAACAGACUGUCAGGAUGAGAACCCGGGGCCAGGUUCCUACAUGUCUCUCAGGCAGGCUGAUAUUAUCAGCCCAUCUUACUCCAAGAAAGGCACUGGAGGCCUUGCAUCCCAGACUGUCAGGGUCGCCCGCCCCCCUCAGAGGGGGAUCCCAGGUCCUAAUGCCUACAACCUGCAGUCCUCUCUGAUCCAGAGGCACAGCUUCGGCAGGGGGGCUUCCCGAACCUUCAGGCCCCCCGUCGCUAUGCAGCUCCAGCAACAACACGAGGCCUCUCCUGGCCCUAACAAAUACAAGGUGUGUUUUGAUGGAAUCCAGAGAAACACCACAGUUUCUGCCAAGUCCGUGUUUUUGUCAAAGACCACACGCAGUUCUUUCACCUUACACUCGAAAGGGCCUUCCCCAUGUCACUACAAUGUGAACGAUGCUGGAAGUCAGAAAAGCUCCAACAUCUCCCUCUCCUGCUUCAGAUCUACCACCGCCCGGAUUCCCUCCUCAGUGACCCACCAGGGGCCUGGACCUGCCACCUACAGCCCCUACCGCCCCCCAGAGCCCCUGAACAGGACCACCCUACCGAGGAGGCAUUACCUGAGGAUAUCAGCUGCUCCCGUGACUCCUCCCGGGAGCCCCCCCUUCCCCGGCCCCGGGCAGUAUGACCUGGGGGUAUAUGACCAGCCGUCCAGACACUGCGUCUCCAGCGCUGUGUUCGUGUCGUCCUCGAGUCGAUGGCCCAGGGACACGCAGGACCCAGCGGCCCCAGGACCAGGUUUCUAUGAGCCAGAGAAGAUGUCAAAGCAGUCCUUCUUAUACAACCACUCCAGGAACUGGAUUCCUGCAUAAAGCUCUUUGGCAGCACCUGUGUCUAUGGGUGUUUGUUUGUGUGAAGUGUUAAUCCCACACUACAUGGCACUGAUUGCAGACCUUUCAGACUAGACUGUGUUUGUGUGACUUGGUAUGUGACGACCUAAAUAUC